GAUUCAUCAUCAUGCAAAUUAAUGAAAAAUGUUUGGUCCGAUGUUGAAUUCGCCCUUUCUAUUCUCAGCGCCUCAUAUGAACUGUUUAUAACACAGUUUAUAACUUAUGUAAAGUGUGUUGCAUAAACGAUGUGUUGACGUGUAUGUCAGCUGUAACGAAAAGUGGAAAGUUUUGGUAAACCCGGAAUUAAAUCGACCCUGAAUGGAGAAUAUGUUAUUGUUUUGAAUAAUGUAGGUGUCCUCUUAAAAUACCAUCAAUAUGGAACAGAAAUUAGCUAAUUAUCGACAAAGACAAGAAAGGCAGGUUUAUUUAGAUAAAACCAAACAAAGAAUUAGCAACUUUUUUAAUACAACCCAAAGUGAAUCAAAAACUAACAACACAUUCCAUGAAGAAGAACACAAUCCUGAAUCGGAAACACUUCUUAUAAAUGAUACACAAUCAGAAACAAGUAUAACAAGUGAUGAUGAUAACAUAAAUUGUUGUACCCGAAUUGAUUUACUUUACUAUUUUUUAUUGUUUUUAAUAUGGGCUACAUUAUAUGUGAUAUUUAUUGAAUACCAAUUUGGUACCAUUUAUUUAAUAUUAUCCGCUUUAAUUGGAAUUUACUUAAAUACCAGAACCAAACCAAAGAGGCCCGGAGAGAUCAGCGCUUAUUCCGUUUUCAAUCGAAACUGCAAAAGUAUUGAUGGCACAUUAAAAGCAGAACAAUUUGAAAGGGAAAUUCGAUAUGGAAGUUAUGGACUACUACAUGUAUAAUAUAUUUUCCUUAUU